AUGCAUACGGCGCGAUAUGCCCAGCGUCAAGACAGAGCGGUGCUUGCCUGUCGGUGGGAGACACGGCACCCGCUGAGCGAGGGACCACGCGAACUGAUCAGGACUGGCGCGUUUCCGUUCGCACCGACUGAAGUUGAUAAGGUCGUUGAUGUGCUGACACACCCCGAACGUCUUGAGACGUACGCAAGCAGCACUGCAAGUGAACAGAUGGGGCUGUUUGAGGCGGAGUAG